AUGGAGUGGGCAAAACAAAAGUACAACGAGCAAUACGAGGUCUGGAUGCCGUGGAUCGAGGACAACUUCCUAUACUACUUCACCAAAGACAACAAGGCCAGCUACGCCACGCGAGGUACGCUCCCCUCCCCUCCUCCUCCUCAUCACCAUACCCCCAUCUCAUCUCUUCCCAAACUAACAAAAGCCCUCUUCGCAACAGAACAACUCGACAAAGCCAAAGUAACAAACAUCGAGCAAGUCAACACCCUGCAAGACGGCGUGCACAACCUCGCCGCGGGACAAGUGGGGCAGGGCGGACUACUGCAACCCGUCGGGGACAUGUUGUCGAAGGAAGGCGUGAACCGCGCCGAGAGGGGGGGCAAGGAUGACAAGGGGGGGAUUUUGCCGAGUGGUAGUGGGGGGCUUGGUAAUACCUGGAAGUUGUGGCGAGUCGGGCUGGUGCCGGUGGGUGAUGGUGAUGGUGGGUUGAAGAUCGCCAUCGGUAUAACGAUGAAUGAGAAAUCGGGGGAGAUUUUAGGGGAGUUUUAG